GCACAAUCUCACAUAUUCUACUAAAGGCUCCUAUACACACAACUUCAAUCUAAAUCCCAAAAGGUGUAUCAACUUAUCAGAAGAAAAAAGGAAACAAAAAUGGCUUGCUGGUCUGCUGAGAAUGCUACCAAAGCUUACCUCAAAACCUUGAAAAUGGGUGAAAAGGCUAAAGAACCCAACACGUCUGAGUUCCUUUCAGCUCUAGCAGCCGGCAACAACGCCCAACUAAUGGUGGUGGCAUGUGCCGGCGCAGCCAACUACUCCUACACGCUAGCCCUAGUCGCCGCCGCUCACCAAACCGGCGGCCGCGUGGUUUGCAUCCUCAACGAGCUUCAAAACCUAAUCCAAUCCAAAAGACUGCUCGGCGUCGACUCACGCCACGUCCAGUUUGUCGUUGGGGAUGCCCAAAACCUGCUACUAACUCGGUAUAACGAAGCCGAGUUCGUACUCAUUGACUGUAAUCUUGAUAACCACGAGUCAGUUCUUGACUCAGUUCGAGCUGGAAGGAAGCGUAAUGGAGCAGUCGUUGUGGGUUAUAACGCGUUUUCUAAAGGGUCUUGGAGGUGUAGCAGAGGGUCUAGGACUCAGUUGCUGCCGAUCGGAGAAGGGUUGCUGAUGACAAGAAUUGCUGCUAAUGCUGUUGAGAGUUACAGUAAUGUUAAUGGCGGAAAAGGUGAUAAUAAUAAUCGAUUUGGGAAGAGAAGUCAGUGGGUUGUUAAGAUUGAUAAGUGCACUGGUGAAGAGCAUGUUUUCAGGGUUAGGUUUCCACAAGGGAAUCACCAUGAGAUUGAAGCUUAGAGGAUAAGUCAAAUUACAUAUAAUCCAUUUUCUUUCCCCUCCGUGCCAUUUUCCUGGCAACCAAACGGAGAUUAUGUUUUUUGAUGAGUUUUGGUUUUUAGAAAUUAGAGGGUGAAGAGAAUUAGCAAAAUGUAAAUAGCAAGUGAUACGUACAUGUGAUAUUAUGGUUGAAGUGGUCAUAAUUAUUAAGAUUGUCAAAUUGUAAUGAUCAUUUUAAUAUCGUAAGAGCUAGUACUUCUAA